AUGAAAAAAGACAGCGCAGAAUUUUGUGUUCACCGUCUUUCUUCUCCUACCCAUCUUUGUGACAACCGUCUUCGUUCUCCCACCCAUCUUAGUGACACUCAUAUUCCUUGUUCUACCCAUCUUAGUGAUAACCGCCUUCCUUUUUCUACCCUUCCUAGUGACAACCGUCUUCCUUCUCCCAACCAUUUUAGUGACAAAUGUCUUCCUUUUCCUACUCAUCUUAGUGACAACCGUCUUCCUUCACCUAAUCAUCUUAUGACAAACUUCUUCCUUUUCCUACCCAUCUCAGUGACAACCCUCUUCUUUCUCUUACCCAUCUUAGUGAAACUCAUAUUCCUUCUCCUACACAUCAUAGUGAUUACCGUCUUCAUUCUCCUUUCCAUCUUUGUGACAAGCGUCUUUCUUCUCCUACACAUCUUAGUGACACUCAUAUUCCUUCUUCUACCCAUUGAUUACCGUCUUCCUUCUCUUAAUCAUCUUAGUGAUUACCGUCUUCCUUCUUUUAAUCAUCUUAGUGAUUACCGUCUUCAUUCUCUUACACAUCUUAGUGAUUCCCGUCUUCAUUGUCCUACACAUCUUAGUGACAACUGUCUUCCUUCUUUUAACCAUCUUAGUGACAACAGUCUUCCUUCUCCCACCCGUCUUAGUGAUACUCAUAUUUCUUCUUCGACCCAUCUUAGCGAUUACCGUCUUUAUUCUUCUACCCAACUUAGUGAUUACCGUCUUCCUUCUCCCACCCAUCUUACCACGACCGUCUUCCUUCUCCUAACCUUCUUAGUGACGACCGUCUUCCUUCUCCUACCCCUUAGCCACGACCGUCUUCCUUCUUCUAACCUUCUUAGUGACGACCCCACGACCGUCUUCUUUCUCCUAACCUUCUUAGUGACGACCGUCUUCCUUCUCCUACCCCUUAGCCACGACCGUCUUCCUUUUUCUAACCUUCUUAGUGACGACCGUCUUCCUUCCACGACCGUCUUCCUUCUCCUAACCUUCUUAGUGACGACCGUCUUCCUUCUCCUACCCCUUAGCCACGACCGUCUUCCUUCUCCUAACCUUCUUAGUGACGACCGUCUUCCUUCUCCUACCUAUCUUAGCGACAACCGUCUUCCUUCACCUCCCCAAACUAAACUACUGAAACCUGGUCACGGCUGUUGA